GAUCGCGCUCGGCUUGUUGUUGAUGCCCGAAGUUGCCGUUGUUCGGACACUGUGUCGCUCGUCUCCGCUGCGGACAUUGCAGACGUGUGAACGUCAAGAACGUGGCGAAAUCCACCGACCGACGAGUCUGUGAAUAAAACAAAAGGCGGAAGCGUCGCGGGGACUUUUGAAUGUUGCGCACUGAUUAAAGGGAGAGACGAAGAAGAAGAAGAAGAAGAAGAAGAAGAAGCUAGCUCCUCAACAAGCUUGGACCCUCGUUUGGAAGGAAGAGAGAGAAAAACCGGCCGAGGCUUGACGACGUGAUGUCUUUGUCUGAACCGCAAUAGCCAUUUUUACUGCGUCUUGAAUUUCGAAUAUUGUUCCUCAUUGGUGUUAUUUAUUUAUUUCUUGUUUAACACUUCAUUAGCUAGCGGCAGCUAGCUCCGUCGGCUAACGCUAGCCCCAUAGCGCAGAGAGGGAAACAGACAAGUGUUGUUGUCGAGGCUCUGUGUGGUGCUUUCGUCACAACAGAAAACUGUGACAAUAGUCUGAUUCAUCUUCGUGCGUGUAGAGAUUAUUAAUAUUUGUGUGUGUGUGUGUGUGUUAUCACUGGACCAGGUGCUGUUGGACACAGCGGAACAAGCGGGUGGUUCACGUAUUGGAUUGAAAAAUCCGAUCGAUCAGAUUGUUGUUGUUUUUUAAAUUGUCAUUUAAUUUAAGGUUGUGUUUUUUUUUUUUUGUUUUUUUUUUUAACUAUAUCGAUUUUCAAACAACGCAGCGGGUUUGACUGACAGCUGGGCCCUUUUAGAGCUCUGCGUUCGCUGACAGGUUGCGUCACUUGUUUGUGUUGCAAGCUGUCAGCUGUUUUGCUGAGGAAACUCAAAGUUGUUGUUUAUUUUUGUAAGCCUUGGGUAGAGUUGUUGACAUAAUAUUAUACAGCACAUUUCCUCGUUGUUCUUCGGUGCCAUUGUUCAAUGUCAGGAACAUAUGACAUGUGACAAAGAGGUUUGUUAGUGUAACUCCUAUUUUUGAGCAGCUGCUUGACUCAUGAGUUUGGCAUCUCUAGGGGGAAAAUAAGCAGCUAGUUAUGAAUUAAAGUUGCCAGCAGAGGUUAUCGUGAGACGGCGCUGUGAUCAGAGAGAGAGAGAGAGAGGGUGACCCUCGGCGGGGUCUUGGAAAGUGAGGUGAGCUGUCUCCCCCCUCCCCCUUCCUCCCUCCACCACUACUUGCCAAUGCUGGAUCUGGAGGUGGUGCCUGAGAGAUCACUAGGAAAUGAGCAAUGGGAGUUCGCCUUAGGGAUGCCAUUGGCCCAGGCCAUUUCUAUUCUACAGAAACACUGCCGCAUCAUCAAAAAUGUCCAGGUGCUAUACAGCGAGCAGACGCCACUCAGCCAUGACCUCAUACUGAACUUGACUCAGGAUGGGAUCAAACUGCUGUUUGAUGCCACAAGUCAGAGACUCAAGGUGAUCGAAGUGUACGACCUGAGCAAAGUCAAGUUGAAAUACUGUGGAGUCCAUUUCAACUCUCAGGCCAUUGCCCCCACAAUAGAGCAAAUAGACCAGUCAUUUGGAGCCACGCACCCUGGAGUUUACAAUGCCGCAGAGCAGUUGUUCCACCUCAACUUUCGAGGACUGUCCUUCUCCUUCCAGCUGGACUCUUGGAAUGAAGCUCCCAAAUACGAGCCUAACUUUGCCCUGGGUUUGGCCUCCCUGCAGAUUCCACACGGGGCCAUGGUCAAGAGGAUGCACAUCUACACUGGCAACAACCUGCAGGAAACGAGAGCUCCGGCGAUGCCGUUGGCUUGUUUCCUUGGCAACAUCUAUGCAGAAUGUGUGGAUGUCCUGAGAGACCGAGUCGGGCCUCUGGGCCUCAAAGUCCACCUCCUCACUGCAGGUUGUGGUCCGGGUGUGAUGGGUGAUGCUAAAGUGAGGUCCCUGGAGAGGAGCAUCUUCUUUGGGGAUUCCUGUCAGGAUGUACUCGGUGCUCUGGGCUCGCCACAUAAAGUCUUCUACAAGUCUGAGGACAAGAUGAAGAUCCACUCUCCAUCGCCUCACAAGCAGGUUCCCUCGAAAUGCAACGACUACUUCUUCAACUACUUCACCCUCGGAGUGGAUAUCCUGUUUGACUCCACAAGUCACCUGGUGAAGAAGUUUGUCCUCCACACCAACUACCCUGGACAUUACAACUUCAACAUAUAUCAUCGAUGUGACUUUAGGAUUCCGCUACUCAUCAAAAAAGAGGGAGCUGAUUCUCAGACAGAGGACUGCAUCUUAACCACCUACAACAAGUGGGAUCAGAUUCAGGAACUGCUGGGUCACCCGGUGGAGAAACCUGUAGUUCUCCACAGGUCGUCUUCCGCCAAUAACACCAACCCGUUUGGGUCGACCUUCUGUUUCGGACUGCAGAGGAUGAUCUUUGAGGUGAUGCAGAACAACCACAUAGCGUCGGUGACCCUCUACGGUUCCCCUCGGGCCGCCGGUCAAGCCCGACUCGAGUCCAGCAGUAGCUCCCACUGAACGAGAGAUACCGGAAACCAACAACAACACCCCCGUUCUGGCCUGUCCUGAAUCCAGUACCUCUACUGACUGAACUUUUUCUAACCUCCGGAGCGAGCCAGAUUCUUAACCAAGCAGACCUGACCCAGGACUUACAAAGCUAUUCUUGCCCAGCUACGAUGCUAAAACAGUGAGUGGGGAAAGAAACGCAACAAGAACCCGAGCAACAAGUAUAUCCGCCCUGACGUUAAUCAGCUGUACAGAGUGGGGUACUAGGAUUUAUUCUUCCCGUCAGACACGCCCAGCCUUGUCCCGCGAGACCCGCGGGGGUCUAUUGAUAUUGUUGCAGUGCACUGACGCGUCAAACACCGCUGCGGUGCUGCAAACAUGACAUGGUGAAGAAAUCUGCAUUCUGUUAGAGCUCCGCCGUUUCCCUGUCUCCAUCCUGUGACUGCACCUCCGCCCGUGACCACAGACGACCACGGACCAGGGUUCCCACCGGUGAGACGGAGCAGCAGAACUAGACAUGGCGGUAACUUCCAUAACAUCUGCGGCGCUGAGGGGGCCGCGAGCGUUUGAAUUCAUCUGCUGCGACAUCGCUUAAAUGUUUAACAUCACAGAUAGGAGUUGUGAAGUGACCAUGGAAACCACUGUGGUCAGAAACGUCUUGGAACAAACUCUUGGCUUGACCCACGUGACUGUACAUCGACCGACCGCACUGCCAGCCCAGACCAGGACCGCCUGUCUUCCUGCCACAACUCCCAUAACCAGACCCGAUUGGCUCGGUCCAAGGAACCCGGGACACAACGUCCAGACCGCGAGAGCCAAACGAGCCGAGCCCCCGAAACCGAGACGCAUCAGAGUCAGACACGCCGGAGCGCUGCAGAGGAGAAGGACUCUAACCAGAAACAGGAAACACACAAGAAUCGAGAUUUUUGCUGGUACAAGAGACGAAGCAAAAACACACACUCAGGGUGUGGACGGAGACGGGGCCCAGAGGAAGGAACCUUCUCCUUCUUUAAGCAGAAUGACCCAGUUGUUGUCUCCCUCUGCACCGUCCUUCCUGCUCGUCCUUCAACUCUGUUCCGCGGUGCCCUCAGACACACACACACCCGCGCUCAACACACACACACACACACACGAGCCGUUUUCAGACACGAUCUCUGGAAAAUGUCCUGAAAUGUGGGUCCAGACAAGAGCGCAGCAGGAAAUUGUCUUGAGUCACAACACGGCGCGUUCACGACAGCAGGAAAAAAAUGUCCAUAACGUUCGGGCGAGGGGGUCGGCGUCCGGACGAGAGCGGCCCAUUCACAUCUGUCCUGCUGUAUUCUCACACGGGCUCACAUGCACAUUUCCCAGACCAGUUACAAUUGCGCUCUCACGUACUUCCGGAAAAGUUCCGGGAAAAACGUCCCGGACUUCAGCGCAUGUGCCUGAAAGCAGCCACGCACACCAACGGAUGUCUGCACGCGUUUCGGCCGCUGAUUUCAGGACUUCAAUUCAAGCACACACCUCUCCCCACUACUGUGAUCUCAUGUAUUUCUAAUGUACAGUAGCUCGCUGAACUUUCUGUUGUCUUACUAUUUUGGCUUUUGCAGCGCUACGCAGACACGCAGGCAUGCCACGAGGACGGUUUUUUUGCAUGAACCUGGCAGAUGUGUUUGAAUUCUGCAUGUUGCGGUACCGCAGACAGACAGUUUGUCUUUAUUUCUCUCCUCGUCACAGACAUUUCAUUUUCAUCGGGCUCUCGUGUGUUUUUAAAAUGCAUCGUUUAACAUUUGCACUAGUACGUACACACCUUCUUUACUUGACUGGUUGAUUGUGCCCUGAGCUCAGAUGUGAGGUUCCGUAGGGAGAUAUUGAGGAGGAGUGCGUUAGGCUACUUUGUGGGACAACAGCCAUGUCGGCCAUUGGGGAGGGGAAAAAAAAUCCUAUUUGUAGGUCCGGUCAAGGUCGGGGUACGUCUUUGUAACGACCCCCCAGAAGUGACCUGUGGCAUCGUGCGUCUCUCCGUCUGUCAGGGAUGUUUUGCAGUCACGUCCACCUCUUUCUCUAUCGUCCUCCAACAUCCACAUUCGAAUGAUUGAUUUCGCGACUCAUCCCUCGGCGAUGUCUGCAUUCAUUUUUUUGUUUUGUUGUUGAUGACCUGCCAAAUGCUGUAGCCAAAGACGUUUCAGGAUGGAUUAUUUUUUUUUUUUUAUUUCAUCUGCAUUUCAUUAUCGCCGUGUAAUCUGUUGAAGCCGUCCCAUGGUGCGUAUUCUUUUCCUUUCUUCUCCCCCCCCAUCAACAUCUGCACGUCAAAGCCACGGCUCCUGGCUCCUGGCUCCUGUCACCGCUGACGAGGCGAGGACACGUGACUCGCGUAGGGUU